AUGCCCGGGCGCCGGCGCCUUCCAGCGGGGUCGCGAUCCGACCUCCCGCCAUUGAAAAUCAUCCGCAAGAUCCUCUUGCUCCAGGUUGCCUAUUAUGUCUGCGCGACGGUGCUAAUCCUAUUCACAACGAUCGUCUACGGCACUCCCUUCUCAUUCAAUCUUAUCCUUGGAUGGGACUAUCUGAGAGGUGACACCACGGUUGGUUGGAUGCUGGGAUUGGUGUGGAUGUUGAAUUGUGUUAUCAGCGUGAUAUUCCUCCUCCUCUUCGUAUCCCGAUCAAAGCUGGUCCCCGAUUUCGCUCUUACAAUUCACUUCCUCCAUCUGGUCGCCACCAUCCUUUACACCCGCUCCGUGCCUACCAACCUCCUUUGGUGGGGCCUCCAGUUCGCCAGCGCAGGUAUAAUGACCUACCUGGGCAUGUGGGCAUGCCAACACCGCGAACUCAAGCCCAUCAGCUUCGGUGGACUCGCCGGACUCGGAGGCAGCAGUAGCCAGGCCUCCUCAUCCCAACAGCCCACCAGUGAGAGCAACCUAGAGUCCGGCUUUGGCCGAGGCCGAGGGCGGGAGCGAAGUCUCCAGGCUGGAACGGGCGAGUACGAAAUGGAUGAGAUGAAGCCCGGCGAGCGGACUGUAUGA